UUGUUCCUGUCGCGACCAACAUGGCGGCUGAUAUAGACAAGUGUAAAUAUUUCACAAGGGAAAUCGAGAAAAACGACGGCUGUGCCUUAAAACUAAAGCAGUGCUACUUGGGAGACGUUGGCUGUGUGGUUUGGGACGCAGCUAUCGUCCUGGCCAAAUAUUUAGAGACGAGACAAUUUUAUGAUCCGCAAAGAGGUGUCAACGUCUGGGCCGGAAAGAGUGUGGUGGAGUUCGGAGCUGGGACAGGAGUUGUUGGUCUAAUGGCAGCAACACUGGGAGCUCAUGUAACUGUGACAGACCUGGAGGAUUUGCAGCCCCUCCUGAGAAUAAACAUCCACGAAAACCAGGCACUUAUCAGCAGUGGAUCCAUAACUGCCAAGGUACUGAAAUGGGGUGAAGAUGUGUCUGGGUUCUUGCCUCCCCCACGUUAUAUUCUUAUGGCAGAUUGCAUCUAUUAUGAGCAGUCAAUUGUUCCCCUGGUGGAGAGCUUGAAGCUGCUCUCUGGACCAGAGACCUGUAUUCUCUGCUGCUACGAGCAGCGCACUGAGGGUGUCAACCCAAAAGUGGAACAGCAGUUUUUUGAGUUGCUGCAACAGCACUUCAGCUGCAAGGAGAUCCCGUCCAUCGAACAAGACCCAGAAUUCAGCAGUCCAGACAUCCACAUUCUGCACAUACAAAAAAAAGGCUAAGUCUGUCUGGGGAAAUUUGUGCAAACAGUAAUUAUUGCUCAGAUGGUGAAAGAGAAAAUGCAUCUGUAACUGGAUGGGUAGAAUGUCUUGUCUAUCUUUUUAAAAUUAAUAAAUGUGUUUUGAUAUUUUGGUAAACAAA